GCUUCUCAUCAGCAGUUAUCGACGGACCCAUUGAUCGCCCACUUCACUCUUCGACAUUUCAACAGGUCUGCAGCUAAUGACGAAACCAAAACACAGACAGCUGGUGCGAAAACCUGCAAAGGACUCUAUUAAUGGAGUUCAUGAGUUGGACUUGCCUUUAGAAGAUAGUUGGGUGAUGGUCAAGAAGCAGAAAGUCAACAUAUGGAUUCCUUCAUUACCUGUUGACAAACAGAUGACUAUAACUAACCCCGGAGAAAGUCAGCCAGAGCUACAGCCUGAGCUUGAGCCAGAGCUACAGCCUGAGCUUGAGCCCGAGCCCGAGCCCGAGCCCGAGCUUGAGCUUGAGCCCAUACAAACAAGCACCCAAGUGCCAUGUCCAAUUGUCAACUCUCUCCAGAUGCCCUCAGUUUUUGAUAGAGACAAGUCCAUCUCAUUGGCCCCGGAAAAGGCUUUUCCGACUGCUAGGAAAGACAGUUCUUCUCAAACCAUUCCAAUAUGUCCACCACUACCAAGACCAGUCCAUAGGAUGGGGUCAGAAAAUCCACAAGUUAAUCGCGUUCCAUGUCAUAAGACACUUGGGGUUUGCAGUGCCUCAAAAUUGGGCAAGCGGUCCAUGAGCUUCCUCGAUCGUGGUGUGUUGCUAAAUCAAAGGUUGAGGGCAUCAAAUCUUGAGAGGAAGCUUCAAAGAGCUGGUGGGUUGAGCAGGUGGCUAACAUCCCUUGGACUUGACCGGUUUGUAAAGAUGUUUCAGGGUAAAAGUGUUAAUAAAUUUAUGCUAGCGAAUCUGACAAUGAAGAAACUCAAGGACAUGGGUGCAGAUGCAGUCGGACCGAGGAGGAAGCUGAUGCAUGCUAUUGAGUGCCUUUGCCAACCUUACUGUUUCGAGGCUUAGAGAAUGGCAUGAUAAACAAAAAAAAUGAUAAGAAAGAUGGAGGUCCCGCGGAAAAAUAGCUCGACGCCCGGAUUCUUUUUCAUAUAAAAAUGAUAAAAAGGUCGUCUCGUUCAAAAUCUCAAUUAUGACAUCCCUUCUCUCUCACUUCACACCUCGG